GUACAGAAUGCGGCUCAUAAUCCUAGUAGUACUGAAUCUUUCAUCGAUGUUUGCGAAUCCAAUAGUUGAUGUCAGAUCAGAUGGUGUUGCAGAUGACUAUAGAGGUUUUCGAUUGCCCAAUAUUCAAAUACCAUCGAAAUAUGAAGUCAGUUUAUUCUUGAAUCAAUCUGUGUUUGAUGGAUCUGUGACUUCGUUCAACGGUACGGCCCGAAUCACUUUCCAAGUUACCAAGAAAACAGAUAAGAUUCAAAUCCACUCUUCCGUAACUCACUCCUCGAUAGAGCUGGAAAAUUCUACGAUUGGUAUCAUAACACCAUCCCUAAAUGGUACAACUGAAAUCUUGACAAUACCGUUGAACUCGACUUUGGAACCUUCUGUAAAUUACUUUCUUGUGAUAAAAUAUACGGGGCAGAUAGAUAUUAGAACGAUGAAAGGUUUCUACAGAAGCAGCUUCAAUAAUGAAAACGGUUCAAUUGAAUAUCUGCUCACAACACAGUUCCAACCAACGCAUGCGAGGAAAGCGUUUCCCUGUUUCGAUGAACCACAGUUCAAAGCUAGAUUUGUAAUCAGCAUAACAUAUCCAAAAGGAUAUAAGGCAUUGAGCAAUUCUCCACGAGAGAACCUACCAGUCGAUCUGGGAACAGGCUAUGAGACUACAACAUUUAAGGAAACUCCUCUCACUUCUACAUAUCUCAUCGCUUUCAUUGUAUCCAAAUUCACAUGUACAGGAGGAAUAAACAUCGAUACUGAUGUACCAUAUCAGUAUUCUAUGAGAAAUUUUCAAAUGGUGGUUAUUUCAGGUGCCGCUAUUUUCAGAAUGGUAGAAAAUUUUAUGGGAACAGAUAACUUUUAUAAUGGUAUUCGUAGUUAUUUAAAUACAAAGGCAAACAAAUCGGCAGUUCCAGAAGACUUAUGGUUGGCCUUACAACCUCACUAUUUACAAUUGAACGUAUCAGAAAUUAUGACCAAUUGGACCAUUCAUGCUGGCUUUCCUUUAGUGAUGGUGACUUCAAGUGGAAAUGAUGUUGUUUUAUCGCAGAAACGAUUCCUUUACUCUGGAGAGGAUGAUACCCAGUGGUAUAUACCUAUAUCUUAUACAGUAUCGAGUGAUCCCAACAAAUUUGAAUCUGUUUCUCCAAAAAUAUGGCUGAAACCUGGAACUACAGAGACCAUCCCCAAUGUCCUAGAGACCAAUUCGUGGAUCAUUUUGAAUAACAAGGAAAGUGCCUACUACAGAGUCAAUUACGACUCCAGUUUGUGGAGCAGAAUCGAGAGAGCCUUACGCACGGACCACACGCAAAUUGACGUCCUCAACAGAGCCCAGAUCGUAGACGACUCUCUAAAUCUUGCUAGAGCCGGUAUUCUCAAGUAUUCGGAAGUAUUAAAAAUUCUGAACUAUUUGAAAAACGAGACGGACUAUUACCCCUGGAGCUCUGCUCUUGGCGGUUUGAACUUUUUGACGGUACGAUUGGGAGAAGGGUCUGUUCUAGGAAAAAAAGUUGAAUCGCUGAUGUUGGAUUUGAUGGAGGGAGUGUACCGUUCUGUGUCUUUCACAGACUUGACAGAAUAUGAUCAAAUUUAUACUCUUAAGCUUGUUCUGGUGUUGAGAAGAGCUUGCAAGUUGGCAAAAGCAGAUUGUUUGAAUACUGCCAAGGUUUUGUUCAAAGACUUCAAAGACGGAAAAAGCGUGGAUAAAAACCGGAAAUCCAUAGUUUAUUGCUAUGGUCUACGAUACAGUGAAGAUGUCGAAUCGGACUGGACAUUUAUGUGGGACAAGUACCAGAACACAUCACUGUCCACUGAACAAGUGACGAUUUUGUCCACUCUUGGGUGUACAAAUAACACAAAUCUUCUGAAAAAGUAUUUGGAUCUUUCCAUAAACGGUUCAUCUGGAAUUCGUACCCAAGAAUUGCCAACUGUUUGGUCAUCAGUAUACUCUUCCAACCCAGAAGGCGUUGAUGUAGCACUAGACUAUCUGGUGGAAAAUCAUCAAAAAAUCUACCAGUACUAUCCAGAAGCAGCAUCUUUGAUUGCCAACGUCGCAGCCCGAUUAAGUAGAGAUGAUCAAGUGAAAAAGCUUGAAUCAUUUGUUGCUCUGGAAACCUUGCAUCCAUCAAUGAAAUCUGCAGCAACUUCUGCUAUCGACUCAGUGAAGGCUAAUAUUAAAUGGACUUCGAACAUCAAAAGUGACUUGGAACAAUAUUUUAACGAAGAUAAUAAUAAUUCCACCACUUCUACGGCUCCCGUCACUCCUGUAACUCCUGCAGGGGCGGCCAAUAUUUCACUAUCAGUUUCACUGAUGGCUAUAAUAGUUAUUAUGAUUUUUGAUAUAUGUUUCCCUUAGAACAUUUUAUUUUAUGAUAUGUAGUUUUUUCUAACUUCACAAAUGAAUUAUAUUUGUUAUGAAAUACUGUUUGAAAAUAUAUUAUUUCCCUAACAACCAA